CGGGGGAGUUCCUGAUUCCCUGGCGGACCCAGGAAGUUGUCCUUAAAAAAAAAAAAAAUUAUAUCGCCGGCCCGCGGUUGAGCAGCCGCCUCGUCAGAGCAGCAUGUGGACUGGCUCGCCGGGUCCCCUAAGCGCUGUGUGGCUGCCGCUGCCGCCGCCGCCGUCAGAGCAGCCGCUGCCGGCAGCAGGAGCCCCGCGCGGGGCGAGGAGCGGGGACGCGCGGCCGCCGCGUCCCCUGCUUGCCGCUGGCCGCUUCUUCUCGAGAGGUGGCAGUCACUGUUGCUGCUGAGAAACCAGCCCGCAUUUCCACGGCUGGGCGUCUGGUGCGGAGUUGAGACGCUGCGCCUCCUGCUUGGACCCACAUGGCUUGUUACCUGGUCAUCAGUUCGAGACAUCUCAGCAAUGGGCACUACCGGGGCAUUAAAGGAGUCUUCCGAGGGCCCCUCUGCAAGAAUGGAUCUCCCUCUCCGGACUUUCCAGAAAAGGAGAAGUCCACAGCAAAGGCCCUGGAAGAUGUAAAGGCAAACUUUUACUGUGAAUUAUGUGACAAGCAGUAUCACAAGCACCAGGAGUUUGACAAUCAUAUUAAUUCUUACGAUCACGCUCAUAAGCAGAGACUGAAAGAAUUAAAGCAACGGGAAUUUGCUCGAAAUGUAGCUUCCAAGUCAUGGAAAGAUGAGAAGAAACAAGAAAAAGCACUUAAACGGCUUCACCAGCUGGCUGAGUUAAGGCAACAGUCUGAAUGUGUUUCUGGAAAUGGACCAGCAUACAAAGCUCCCAGGGUAGCCAUAGAAAAGCAACUCCAGCAAGGAAUUUUCCCAGUUAAGAAUGGCAGAAAGGUAUCGUGCAUGAAGAGCACUCUUCUCCUUAAAGGAAAGAAUCUCCCCAGAAGCAUUUCUGAUAAACAGCGGUCCACCAUGCAAAAUCGACACCAGUUACCAAUGGACAGACGUUAUUUAUUCGGAAAUCGGGUACCACAGACAUCUUCAGACCUCAGCAAUGCAAAUCACAGGACAGGAGUAUCAUUUUCUUUUUCCAAAAAAGUACAUCUAAAAUUAGAGUCUUCAGCAUCAGUUUUUAGUGAGAACACAGAAGAAACACACGAUUGUAACAAGUCCCCCAGCUAUAAAGCAAAAGAAACUGCAGAGAAAUGUAAGUGCUGCAGGUUUGCAAGUGAGGACGUACCUCUUACUAAGGAAAAAGAUAUAAACAUCACACCAAGCCAUCUGGAACAUGUUUUACACAAUACCUUUUCCAUCAGCUCUCAAAUCGUGCAAGACAAAAAUGACUCUAUUGAUGAAACACUGGAAGAUUCGAUUGGCAUUCAUGCUUCAUUCUCUAAAUCUAAUAUUCAUCUUUCAGAUGUGGCUUUUACUCCUUGCAGCAGAGAAAAAGAAAUUAGAGGUACACCGAAGAACACUUCAGAAAACUGCAUUAAUCACUCAUGCCAAGCAAAUGCUUCCUCCGGCUCACCAAACAUUUAUAGGCACAGUGAUGCCAGGAUAUUUGAAUGUCUGGAUGAGUUUCCAUCACUGGAGCCAAGUAAGCAAAACAGUACAGUGCAUCUGAAUCCCAACUCCAGAAUGGAGAAGAGAGAAAAAUCUUUAGAUGAAACAGAAAGAGUUGGCAAAAAUGCAACAAGGCUUGUAAGAGAAGCAUGUCCACAUGACAUGAAGUCUAAACCAUUGCCUUUUCUCCAUGUACAGAGUAAGGAUGGCCACACCACUCUCCAGUGGCCCACGGAACUUCUGCUCUUUACAAAAACGGAGCCCUGUAUCUCUUAUGGAUGCAACCCAUUAUAUUUUGAUUUUAAACUUUCUCGGAACACAAAGAGUGACCAUGAUUCAGAGGACUUAAAAAGAGAAUUGAUUAAGGAGCCCUCAGAAAUGAAGACUACAAUAGAGAGCCAAGUCUCAGGUUUAAUCAAAGACCAACAGAAAUUGAUCCAAGAAAAUGAUCAAUCUCUGAAACCAAAGAUGAUGAUAGCUAAUCCAGAUUGGGAAAGUUUCCGGAGAAAAUGUAAUUCGGGCUACAGUGAAUCUGAGCCAAAUAUGAGUAAAGAUAAUUUUAGUGCAAGUGAUUUGGAAAUGAAAAAUCCUGAAGUGCCUGCUUUCCUUGAUAUCUCUCUAAAGAAAUGUGUAGAAAACAAUGAUAAUGGUGAUAAUGGACUUAAGGAACCUUCAAGGACCCAUUGGCAAAGCUGCCAAAGGGUAGUUCUAAAUGAUGUAAAUGAGGGCCUAUCUUUUUCUCCUUACAUCUCUAGGACUAAAGAACCAAAACUGAUCCCUUGCGAUCCUCAUUCAGAUUUUGAAGAUGCAAAUCAAUUUACCUGGAAUUCUAGUCCUUACCCAGUGAGGGGUCAUAGUGAUCAUGGGAAGGACUUUAGUGUAAUUGUGAAUAGGAACCACAUCAGCAUGACCAGCAGGGUUUCUAGAUGUAGAAACCAAACUUAUAAGAGAAAUUCUCCAAAGUUGUCUCUGAAUCGAACUUCUAGCCCUUCAGACACAUACCCUGGCAGCACAGCCAGCUUGAGAGCUACUUGUUCAGUUCAUAAGUCCAGCGACAAGGGCAGAGGCAAUUUGCUGUACUUUUGUAAAAGAGAACACAACCCAGUUGAAAGGCACAAAGGGAGACACCAAAACCCGAACUGCCUCUGCGUGUCUGAGGAGUUAGCAAAGAGCACCUGCCUGCCAUCUGAAAUACAGAGAGACCGCAACUACAGAUUGUGGGAAUCAUUUAAGAAUGAAAAAUCCUCAAAACAUAGAUACAUUCGGUGCAGAGAAAGAUAUAAACUGGGCAAAAAUCAACAGCAGUUUUCAGGGCCCAAAUCCAGGAGAAUCACCCAUUGUGAUUCUAGCUCACAGGUUUCCUGUUCCGGAAAUAGUGAAGAAGCACCAAACUGCCAGGGACCUCAGCACAGCAGAUUGGGCUCUUACUCAAGAGAGAGAAUUUAUUGCUUAAGUAAAAGCGAGAGAAGUCAAGAGUCGUUGGACAGCCCUCGUAUUUGUGACCUAGGAAAAGUAAAAUCUGUGCAGUAUAACUCUGGGAAUAUCAGCUGCCUUCUAAGAAAUUGUUCUACCAGCCCUUUAGAAAGCACAGAGUUGGCCAUUACAGGAGAGAGGACACCGCUGACAGCCAAAAGCCUUUUAGAAAUAGCGCAAGCCAAGAGGUGUCAGGAACAAUCAACUAAUUUUGAGGUCUCUUCAAAGAAUUGUGAAAAUGAAUCAGAGGCUCAUUCACAAAUUCAAUGCACAAUUCAAUUCACGCCACUGGGCUGUAACAGACCCGCACUGCCUUUGUCUGAAAAAACACAGAACACAAGUAAACAGAGAAUUGAUAAAGGCAGUACAAUUCAAAGAACUAUUGAGAAAGACAAAGUCAAAAGUUCACAGACAAACAAUUUUCAUGUUUUAGUAGAUCCUGAUUGCGAUAACCAUCUUUCUAAAGGUAUAAUUCAUGUAGUAGCAGAUUCACAGUCACCAAACAUGAAAAAAAACCCAACAACAAAAGAACCAGUAAAACCUUUAAUUAGCGAAGUCCAACAUUGUAUUCAAAGCCGUGACCCACUACCAAAUGAUUUCCCUGGUGCUUUUCCAUCUAAUAGAUAUACUGGUGUUACUGAUUCCACAGAGACCAAAGAGGACCAAAUAAAUCCUGACUUACAGGAUGUAAGCAUGCAUAUGAAUCACGUAGAGGGGAAUAUAAACUCUUACUCUGACAGAACUUUGCAGAAGCAUGACAAAGUAGAAGAUGAAUUAGAAGUGUGCCAUAAAUCUAGCUCUCCCCCCUUAAUUCAGCAGCCAAUAACAUUUUCUCCUGAUGAAAUAGAUAAAUAUAAGCUCUUACAGCUACAAGCCCAGCAGCACGUGCAGAAACAGCUCCUCUCAAAGCAUCUUCGAGUUGUGCCUGCCUCGGGGCCCACUGCCUUCUCUCCGGCCUCGGCGGUCCAGACGGUACCAGUUCACCAGCGCACCUCCAUCACCACCAUCCACCACACCUUCCUGCAGCAUUUUGCUGUUUCUGCCUCCAUAAAUUCCCAUGGUGGUCCCCUCCCUAUAGCUCACCUACAUCCUCUUUCCCAGCCACAUUUUACGCCGUUCACGUUGUCACCUCUGACUCCGACCAUCAUCCCCGCACACCCCACUUUCUUAGCUGGUCACCCGCUGCAUUUGGUCACUGCUGCCCCCUUCCACCCACCGCACAUCACGCUGCAGCCCCUGCCCUCCGCCGCAUUGAUCCCUGCAUUGUUUGGCCCUCACUUAAACCCAGCCACGGCUUCUAUCAUCCACUUGAAUCCUUUAAUCCAACCAGUGUUUCAAGGUCAAGAUCUUUGCCACCAUUCUUGCUCCAGUCAGAUGCAGCAGUUAAACGGAGUGAAAGAGGCCUUAAAUGUACCAACGCACUUGAACUGAUAGGUGUCGAAGCCCCUCUUGUGGAUAAAUAAAACAAAUUGUCACUACCUACAAAAUGAUAUAUUUAAAGUGGUAUGACUAUUGUAAGAUUUAAAAUAUUGGUGCCAACUCAAAAUGUGACUAGUACAUACAUGUAAGAACUGAAUUGCCAAUACUAAAAUAGGAGCAUUUUAAGAGUAUCUUUUAACUUGCAUAAAUAACAGAGCAAAUUGAAAAUAACUUUCUGGGCGGUAGAGGGAAAAGCAUGAAGGGUCUCUUUGGAGGAGUUCUCAUAUAAUGUUAUAAAAUGAUAACAGAAAACGUUCAGGCAAAUCAUUGAUAUUACAAAACAAUCAAAUGGAACGUAAUAUUGUAUGUUCUAGGGGGUGUUGAGCAAGUGAGUGAAUUGCACAUUUGGUUUGUAUGCAUCAGACAAUACUAAAAUAUCAGAGAAAUAAUUCCUAUGGUUAACUGUUGUCUAGGCUUUCAAUCAAUAUAAUCUGUUUCAAUCAAAAUAAUUUAUAUUUUCAUAGGAAAUGAUUGAUUCAAGUUGGAAGCUACUCUUCAAUAAAAACAAUCUUCACACACAUUGUAUUGUGGAGUUUCUGGAGAAACUGGGUUAUCUUCAUUUCAUACACAUCUGUGUUAAGAAAAUUUUGUAACUGUAAGAGUCACCAAUAUCUAAAAUUAAGAAUGUUUAAUAAUUUUUGUAUAAGAAAACAUAUAUAAGCUAGCAUUAAUAUUUGAUAAUGCAAAAUAAAAAAUAAAACAUACUCAAGAUUUUAAAUAUAUUGGUUAAUAUUUCAAAUACUACAGGGACUAAAAUAUUAAGUUUUCUUUAUUCUUCUACUCAGAAAUCUUACUGGGUUCAGCCAAUAGUAUGUGUAAGUAGAGAGGUAAAGGUUUGGAAAUGUCAGAAUUUUUACAUCAUAGUUAUUGAGAAAAUCUUAUAAAUAAUUUUGUGCAUUUUACUCAAUUGUAGUAGAUAUAUCAGUAAAACACAUUGAAUGGUGAUGAAUAAAAUCACCAUUAAUGUAAUUUGGCAAAUGAUCUUAAAUAUUUUUAACUUAUUCAAAAUGUUUUCUUGGUCCACAGAAUCUGCAUUUCUUGCAUCACUAUUCUAAAUGGCCCCUCAGUUAAAUUUAUUAUUUUAUAUUCUUAAAAUGAAAGACAAACUCAUGUGACUGCACGUUUCACAUAAACAUGGGUUUCAGAGAAAAUCAACUAAGCGGAAAUGGAGUGAUCAGCCAUCUACUGUGUGUAUGAUGACAUCAGCUCUUCUGUUACAUGAGAUGGGCAAUGGGCAUCUUCUUCAGCCUGGGCUUCACAGGAAAGAGAGCUAUCCUCAUUGAAGGCAUAUUGUGUGUCUAUUAUGUAGAGUCAGGCUAAGCACCUGGUCUACAUUAUUCCAUUUAAUCUUCACAAAGGUAUUUUGAGACUAAUAUUAUCAUUCCUCCCUUACAGAGGAGGAAAAUGAAGUUGAGAGGAUAAAUUCUUAAUACUUGGUAAAUAGUAGGAAAGGAUAUCUUUGAUACUGGUAAUAGAGACAGACAGACAGACAGAGACAGAGAAAGGAGAUAAUGUCAUUUUUAAAUUGUAACAUAAAGAAAAUAUAUAGUUCCUAGGUAUCACCAGAAACUUGCAAGAUGGGGAUUUUGACUGAGAUAUGGCAACGAGAAUGUCUAACUUAUCUAAAAAGAAUAGAAAAUGGAAGAAAGGCAUCAAAUAGCAAAAACACAAAAACAAAAAAUCCUCUGUAUACUUGCAGGGAACUUCAUAAAAAUCAUUAUAAAAGAACAUUAAUAAACAUUAGGUGAAUCCAGUAAAAUGAAAUAAAUAGAAUAUUUAUUAUAAAAAUAAAUGACAAAUGGCCCGGCCGAUUAAAAAAAAUAUGUAUUAAUGUGGAUGACUAUUUCCUAAAACAGAUUACAAAUUUCACAUAGAGCCAAGCCAGAGUAAUUAUGGGAGUACACUAAAAGUCCUAUUAUGAGAAAGAAAGUACCUGAUUAAUUUUUGUAAUUGUCUUUGCAACAAUUUAAUCUCUCAGAAGUUAUAUCAGAGAACCUCUAUUGGGCACUUCAUUUUGACUAAUAAGGAUAGAUUGAUAUGAGUUGAUGGCAUGGAAAUAACUUUUGUCUUGUAUCAUCAGUGAUGAAAAUGUUCACUGGAUAUACUAUCUUGAACUAUGGUAAAGCAGUCAUCACCAUUUAAAGAGAAAAUAACUUGUACCCCAGAGUGAGAAAUUGUAAAAGUUGUAGCAUCACAUGAGGAAAGCUACAAUUAUAAAUAUUGAAUAAGCAGGGAAAAAAAAUUAGUCCUUUAAACAAUCCAAUCUGAACUGAAUGGGGAAAGCAUUCAGAGUAAUUGUUAAACUGCCAUAAAUCCGUGGAUCAAAAUGAACAGAGAUUAUGUUAAUGUCUUUUUAAUAUAUCACUUAUUGGAAAUAUCAAAAGAGGUUAAUAUUUUUGCUUCUCCUUAGUGCUUACUGGUAGGGGCAGAUGAUCUCAUGAAACUAACAAACAAGCAAAAUGGCAGUGUGACCUAGAUCUAAUUUCAUUACACUUUCUCUCUUAAGCGGGAAGUUUUUCAAAGUGGAUAUUACAAGACAAAUAUGGAUGAGGAAUUUGGAACAUAUCAAGAAAAUCAUUUCCCGGCCAAUACAAAUGAUUUUGAAUCUUCAUGUUUGAAAGAAUUUCAGCAUAGAGUACUAGAAUUCCUUAAAGAGGCCCUCAUGAUAUCAAUUGUCCUUGAGAAAAGAUGCAGAAUAGAAGAGAAGCUUGAAUAUCUUUGGAGUAUCUUUACUUUUAUAAUGGGAGGAAUGUUGAAUAUAGAUAUUACUGAUUUAAAAGUGGGCAUAUUUAUGAAUAAAAUGUGAAGCAUAAUGUUUUAUGAAAAGGAACUAUAUGGUAACUAUAACUGGUACAUUAAGAACAAAGAGUACAAAUACAAAAGCAUUUUAUUUCUCAUUUGUCCACUUUAUUUUCAUUCUUAUUCAACAAAUACAUACUUAGGGCCAUAUCCUAGACAGUAAUCUAAUUGCUGGGGAUAUAGUAAUGAUCCAAACUAAUGAAAAUAAUGUCAUAUAGUUUAAUUCUAGUUGAGUCAUGCCAACAAAAACCAGAAUGGACAAGUGAAAUAUAUAUUAUGAAAGAUGAUGAUAAAUGCUACUAAGGAAAAUAAAUUGGAAAGGCAGAUAAAGUGACUCAGGUGGGGGUAGUAGGUAAAGCACUAUUUUAAAUAGAGUAGUCCAGGGAAGCUUCACUGAGAAAGUGUUAUUUCAGCAAAGACCUGAAGGAUGUGAGAGAGUGAGCAUUCUAGACUAAGACAAGACCAGGUUUCAAUAAGCUGCUGGGUGUGCUUACCAUGCUCAAGAAAUAACAGGAAAACACUGGCUGGGAAAGGUUUCAUGGGAGAGAAUUAUAGGAGACAAGGUCAUAGAAAUAAUUGUGGAACAAAAUCUUGUAAGAUCUUGUCCACCAUUUUAAUGACUAGCUUUUGUUGUGAGGUGAGAAGCUACUGGAUAUUUUGGCAUAGGAGAAACGUGAUUCAUCUUAGAUUUUACUAGGGUCACUCAGCUAUUGCAUUGUGAAUAAUCUCCAGGGGAGUAAAGUUUGGGGUAGGGAAGCCAAUUAGUAGAUGGAAUGCAGACAAGAGAGGCAAGGACUCGCUCAGCAAUAGUCUGGUGGAAAUGUUGAGAAGUAGAAGACUCUAGAUUUAUUUUGAAAGCAGGGCUGAGAAAAUGUGCUUCAUAUUGAGUGUAAGGUGUAAGAGAAAGAGACAAAUUAGAAAUGCUGUAAUAGUUUUUGCACAUGGGUGGAUUUACAGUUAACUGAAAUGGGAACACUGGGAGGAGCAGAGCAAGAGAGGAUCAGCUUAAAUACUCUGUGUGAAGUGUCUAGUCAUUAUAGAAGUGGAGAUACUGAGUUGGCAGUUGGAAAUAUGGAUCUGAAGUUUGAGUAGAGGUGUGAAAAGGACAUACACUUUUGUGAAUCAUCAAUGCAUAGUAAGUAUAUAAAAGCCAUUAGCUUUAAUACUAUUAUUAGGGGUAGGUAGGGUGGAAAAAGUUUUAAAGACUGAGCCCCAGGUCACUCUAAGGGUGUAUGUAACAGUUCAAGGUACUAAGAAAUGAGAUCAUGAUGGAAUUCCAAGUUACAUAGGAAAAAAUCACAACUAUAUAAGGCAAGUAAUGAAAGUGAUUCAAAUAAGUGAGGAUGAUCAAUUUUGUCACAUGUUGCUGAGUCAAGAAGAAGAUGGAAACUUGAGUAUUUCUUCAGUCAUGUAGUGCUCACCUGUCGCUUUACUAGAGACAUUGUGGUUGGGGCAAAAAAUAGUAAAAUACAUGGGGAAUUUUACAGAGAGACAUUGUACGAGUCUUAUAAAUAUCCUUAUGGAUAAUAGUCAGCACUGUGUGAUAAAUGUUUUAUAGCCAAACAACUAUACCUAGGGAGUAGUAAAGCCUGCAUUAAUUCCAAACUGGAGAGAGGGUUGUAGAGAUUGGUUAUGAGGCUUUGUAUUGCACUCAGUCAUAAAAACCUCCAUAAAACAUAGACAAAAUCAUGGAACAAUUGUACCAAAGAGAAAAACACAAACCCAAGAGGAAUAGCAAAUAUAGUGAAUGGCAAAAUACAACAUGAAAAAAUUUUAAAAGCAUAAAAUAGGGCAAAAUUUGAAAGGUUAAAUUGAGCAUGAACAGAUGUCAGAUCCUACAUUUUUUAAUUAAAAAAAUCUUAUACACAUACAGCCUAACUUCAUCAAUAAAAUGAAGGGCUUAGUAGAUUAUCAACUCCAUAUAACCUAAUGAUGUGAAAAGGCUGGUGAACAAAUUUUGACCUAUUAGGUUGUACUGAAGGAAUCAUACAGAAUUGGAAGACAGAUUUCUUCUAGAACUUGGAAAACACACAGCACUUGUGAAAAACCAAGUGUUCUGGGACACAAUUUAAGAGAACUAUUGGCAAACUGAAGUGUGUCCACAAAUGGCAGAUUUGACUAAUUAAGACCAGGUCAAUCUUAUGUUUUCACACUCAUGAAUAACAUGAAUUUGGUGAAUUAACAAAAAUUAACUGAAAAAAAUCCAAUUUCAUAUACUUCAGGAGAAUGUUGAGUUACAUGGUUAUUUAAUUACUUCAACAUAUCUCAGACCAUUUGACAAGCGAUAUUUUACCAGACAUUUCCACGAGAGGGGGCAGACUAGAUUGAAUUCCCAAAGAUAAUAAUGUCAGAAAUACGUUUUCUUCCUGUAGACCAUCCCAUAGAACUAAUAUUCUAAGGAACCAAAUCUGGUAGAUACCAUGUGAAAAAUAAAGACUAUGUGUAUUCCAAAGAAAAGAACACUUGCCGAGGAAAGAAGAUGAGAAUUAACCUUCUAACUUUACAUGUCUGGUUGGUAGCAUGGAAGUGUGUUUGUGGAAGAUAGUCUCUAUUCUCUUUAGGGCAUAGAGAGUGGAUACUACAAAUAAGUAGGUUUUGACUUGACAUGAAGAAAACCUUAAUAAACUGAGUUGUUUGUAUAAAGUUGUAAAAUCUCCAUCACUGAAAUAUCCAAGUACGUUUGUACAUUUGGUUCAGUAAAAUGUGUAAGGAUUUUCAAAAGAGUUCUACUAGAAUUUUGCUUGUGAUCAAUGAUCUACUCAAUUAUCCUCUAGGAUAAUUUCCAAAUUUCAGGUUGCGGAUUUAUAGUGCUUAGUUUGGGAUUAAUUUUUCCUUCUGAUAAUACUCAAAAUGCCUUUCUUGCUAUGGAGAAUAUGCUGAGCCAUCCUCUUUCUCAAAAUUAGUAAGUGUGGGCCUGAACAUUUUUUUACUUAAGUGAAAUACACUCUGGAAGAGAAUGAAAUAGAAUUCUAAAUAUAUAUUUAAUUCUAAAAUGGAUCCUUUAAAAAAAUGUCACUGUGAUGAAUUAUAUUUUCAGUACUGUUUCCUUCCACUCACAUAAGUAUUUGAUAGUUGAUUUUUAGCAUUAAAUGUCUGUUAUACUCAUUGUCUAAUAUUUAUGGAGUAAUUCUUUUCAUGGGAUUAUUCUUUCACAUUUCUGGCUCAUUGAAGUAUUUUUUGUAACUGUCUUAAAUUAUAAGUGCUUAAUUAAAAGCUGAAAAUGUUUUAAGAAAGUCUGUGUAAUCUUUACACACACACACACACACACACACAUGUACAAACACACAUGCACAUCCACACUAUAUAUUUUUCUUAGACACUAAAAACCAGUCCACCAAUAGAUAGCCUUCCUGGAGUCAGGGUAUGGUUAAACAAAAUAAUUCUUUGUAUGAAGAACUGGAAACUUGGGGAAGUUCAUCUUUUUAAUUCCCUGCCAACUCAGCAUGAAAAAAUACAGUGGGAUUCAAAAACUGUAUUUCAAUAUUCCCUAUGAGUUCACCUUUAUAUAUGUUACAAAACAUAAGAGAUGAUUAGAAAAUAGGAAGUAAUUUGGAAAGCUCUGACUUCCCAGGGUCUUUUCUUAGGCAGAUAUUUCACAGAGCUAUCCCUUAAAAAGUUUUGAUUUCAUUUAUAGAACCUGGAUUUGAUGGUGACUUUUUUUUUCUCAGUUUCUGCCAGGAUUUAACAGAAUCUCCCUAGUAUCUUUGAAUUGAAAUAUAUUCAAAGAAAUUAAUCCUAUAAAGCUUUCCAAUUGAAUGGAAUAUUUAAUCAGUAAAAGUACUCAGGUUCAUAUUGCUGGAUUGGGCUAUUUCCUUCAUGCAUGAAGUUGUUGCUUACUCGCACAGUUCCCAAUGAUGGCAGUCACACAGCUUCUAAACUUGACCAUGAUAUUUGUAAACGAUUAAAUGCCAUCAUGCUUUCCAAGCAUUUGGAACAGUAAUUGGAGAUAUGGAGAUGCUCUAGCCUUUAGGGUACCACGUGUUAUCCGAAUGUUUUAGAUAUAUAUGAAGGAAACAUCCAGAUGUCCUCCCCAGGCUGCGUGGUGAGUUCACUGCCUCAUUAUUAGCGAAAUAACAUUGCUGGUCAUCUCAAACAGGUAGUACAUUUUUCAAUUUUCCAGGAAAAUUGCCCCAGAAGUUUUCAGAGAGAUGGUUAAACAUUCUGAAGAAAAAUUUGUAGAUGUCAAAUCCAAUUUUCUAAAAGCACAAUAGAAAGAACCCAAAUCUCACACAUCAGUGUACGUAGCUAAUGUACUUAGGGGCAAAAUUGGCCUAGUGCUUAUCUCUGGCUUAGCAGGACUCAUGAAGAGAUUUAAUUUUGAAUCUUUAAAUGAGUGAACUCUGGAAGAGAACUGUGCUCUUGUUGGGAAACAGAAAAAUUAUGAAAAAGCAAGUGGGUGACCACUUCCAUAUAGUAGUCAAGAGUUUACUUCUCUUUGAGUCUGACUGAAACUACUUCAAAAAGAUAGGAGUUUCCUACUAAAAUAUGAGUUCUCCAGCCAAUAAACCUGGGUCUAGAGGAUUUUCAAAGGUUAUCAUUUCAUUCCAGCAAAAAUAUUAUCCACUGCUUCUAUUAGGUAGACAUUUGAAGGUGAUUGUUGUAGUGCGUUGGAUUAAGCUCUAUUAAAAUGGAAGCAGUGGCUGAAUCGGUAGGGUUUAGAAUAAGCCAAUAUUAGAGAGAUAAGCCAAAGGGGCUUUUUUUUUUUUUCAUUUUAUGCAGCUUUGUAUCAGAGGGCAACCUCUCAAUCCACUUUCUUAAUUCCCUUCCCAAAGUCACUGCCUCCUUUUGCACCUCACUGCCUUUUUGAAAUAGCAAGAUCAUCUUGGCAGAAACAUAAAUCAGACAAAUUGGAAAUGUACAAAAUAUGUAUGUGUGUACAUGUGACUAUGUAUGCCAGUGUGCGUUCUUAAUGAAUAUAUUCCAGUCUUUUGUCGUAGACCUUUCUCUUUGUUAAAAAGAGAAAUAUUAGUUCAAAAUAGUGUUUUCCAAAACACAUUCACUCAUUGGAACAAUCAACUUUAAGAAAGAUUUCCUUUCCACCAUGCUAAAAACUCUCAGUUCCUUCCACUUGUGAGAGAUUAUAAAAUAGUUGAUAAUGUAAAUUGGUUAUGUAGCUGUUUAAAACCAAUUCCUACCUUACUCAGUCCUAUUUAAAGUAUUUACUUUGUAAUUAAACUGAAUGAUAGUCUGGCAAUAUUAUAUAUAAUCCAAUAAUUUUAUUUUGUAUUCUCUGUACAAAAUGCUUUUUUUAUUAUAGUGUGGCUAAGUAAAUUGCACUAUUGUACAUGCAAAGCAGCUUUUUUUUAGGUUAUUUAAUAAAUUACUUGGACUGUAGUUCAAUGCAAUAAUAUUUUUUUCAAUAAAAAGCUUAAUGGUAUAAGAGUAUUAGUCAUGCAUUUCUAACAAAAUCAUACCAAAAUAUAAAUACAAAAUCAAAAUGAUAUGGAAAUAUUCUGUAUUUUACACUGCUGAAUUUAAAAUGCAUUUAACAUUUUAUUUAUUAUUGUAUAUAUUUAUAUUAUAUAUUUAAAGGCUGGGAUUUCUUAGACUAUUUCUUAAAAUUUUAGUGUUAUAAAAUAAAGCUGUUUCCUUGAACUAAAAAUAAAUAUGAUUUUAAAAGUU